UUGUCAAUUUAAUUAGGGCCCUUUGAAAAUAAAAAAAAUAAAUAAAAUUUGCCUGGACUGGAGGAUGUCAGUUGACUAGGCUGUCUCCACUCUGUCCUGAGGAUAGAUUGUGUUCAUGCUUGCAUAGGAAUGUGACCACAUGUGUCCUUAAACCACCUCAGCAUGAACGUCUUUUUGCUGUGAAAGGAUUCAAGUCGCAUUGUAUUCAUUCUGACGUAGACUUAACACAGACCUCCCUCAUCUACAGCAGAAUAACCCAUUACUACUGUGUUUGAACUGGGUUCUUACAUAAUCAAACACAUUUUCAAAAACAGAGUUGUGGACUUUUGACUGAGUCAUGGGUGGAGCUUACUGUUAAUUACUAAAUACCCCCCAAACCAUGUGCUUUCUAACUGCAGCACUUUCUUUUAAUGCUUCUCAAAAACAGUGUGUCAAUGUGACAUUUUUGACAGAGUUGAGCUGCAAUAGAAAAUGAGUUAAAAACAUGUUGCUCCUGUUGUUGAACACUGGGUUGAGAUUUGAAAUUUAACAGGUAAGAUUAUGGAGAAGUGUAUAUUUUCAAGAGUCUUCAUCAUUGUCAGCUUUAGUUGGUAGAAUAGAGAGGCUGUUCACUGUUUUUUUUUCUCCCUUCAAUGACAAUCUGACCACUGUUCUUCCAGCUCUUUUUUUUUUUAAUUCUCCAGGGACUAACCAAACUCACCGGUCAUUUCCCUCCAACCAAAAGUCUCUUUCUCCCCUGUCAUCUGUGUCCAGGCUCCAGUGUGAAGCCGCUUUCUCCUCCAGAACAGGAUUGGUCAGUCCUCCACCCUCGGUGCUGUGCUGCCCUCCCCUCAUACUCUCUCUCUCUCUCUCUCUUUCUUUCUCUCCCCUGUCUCUUUUUCUUUCUCUCUCUCCACUUAAAGACUUUUAGCAUAAAGAGAGAGAGAGAGAGAGAGGGAGGGGAUGAGAGGGGGAUGGGAGAUCCAUGGGGGAGGGGAACUGAGUGUUCACUCUGUUGUCACUGACCACAGCAAGAGAGAGAGAGGGAGAGAGAGAGUGUGUUGUGAGGUUGUGUCCCAUAUCUGGAGGAAAGCAUAUCAGUGCACACACACAGGGGUCUGCUCUACUCCAGGGAUUAUUCUCGUGCUUUCAGCUCUGAUGGAGGACAUGCAGUUAUGAAUAGGGUCGUUCUGUCAGUACAAGCUCAUGCCAGUGAUGGACUGCAGCCGGACGGACACUAACCUUAGCUGGUUUUCACAGAGCAGCAUUCCUCUUUACUGAGACCAGCACCACAGAAUGCUGAGUCCUAUUGUUCCCUAUAGUCUAUUAAAGAUGCACUGGAACCCAGAGCAUGCCCAGUCUCUAAGCCAGUGGCCUGAGCAACACCUAGAUGUCUCCUCCACCACUUCUUCUCCGGCCCACAAAUCGGAGUUCUACUCUGGUCGCAGCCGUAGCGCUUACAACUACGCCUGGGCCAACGAUGACAUCUCUGCCUUGACGGCCUCCAACUUGUUGAAGCGCUAUGCUGAGAAGUAUGCUGGUGUGCUGGACUCACCUUAUGAUAAGGCACCCUCUGUUGGCACCUACCCAGAGCCUGGGGCUUUUGGGGGCCUCAGCGUCCCAAAGUCAGAGCUGGAACCUUGGCAACUGACACACAGCACUGAUGCCUAUUCACUUGUGCCACCAGGAGGCCACGAGAGCCUUCCAGGUUCCAAGGUUGUAGCCACAUCUGCGGGUCUUCCAGGAGUCAGCAGUGUGUCUGUGGUAAACAGUAACCUGUCGGACUCUGGGUACAGUGGCAGCAGCUCCUGUAGUGGCUCCAGUGAGUACGCCUCCAGCUACAAUGGUACUUAUCUCUCCUCAGGUUACUGUCCCCAACCCAGUGCAGCACUUCCACCUGCAACCCUGGUGCCCAACUAUAGCCCUACGACACCUGUCUACAACUAUCCACCAAGCACAUACCCUCCCCAGACCAGCCUCGCUCCCAGCUACACUCACCCUUCUGCAGCCUACCUGGCCUCAGGUCUACCAGCCCCUACUCCAGUACCCCCGAGGCCCACAGUAGUAGGAGGCAGCUACAGUUACCAGAGCACCACCCUGGGGGCAUCUGAUUCAGGAGGCACAUUGAAAAGAAAAGCAUUUGAAAUGAAUGUAGAAAAGGAUGAAGGCGCAGAUGGCUCACGUUACAGGAAAUACAGCUACGACCCAUUAAAGACUGGGGGAAACUCACCCUACAGUGUAAAUGAAAAAACAGAGUGUCAGGGAAAUGGCUUCAGCAAUUCAAGUAGCACAGACCCUCAGAGCUUCAAGCCCAGUAAGCCCUCUUCUCAGCCCCUAGUGUCUCCUCAGUAUGGGGCCUCUGGGGAGUAUAGCCCUCCAGCAGGUAUGACAGGGGAGAAUGGUGUAGCAGAGCAAGGCUUCACCCAACAGCAACAGCACCGCAACCAAGUCCACAAAAGGCCUCCAAUAUGUGGUCCAACUAUUGACUCCAUGAAGAGCCCAGAUCCCCGACUGUUGGACUUUGUUAAUGCAGAGCUUUUAGACUGCAGCCCGGCCCUAGGCUGGUCUGAGCUGGUGGGGCUUACCCACGUCAAGACUGCCCUGGAGGAGGAUCUGCUUUGGCCUGUGUUAAGGCCUAGUCCAGUUGUGCGCCCAUCGAGAACCGUCCUUCUAUUUGGCCCCCAGGGAGGCGGUAAGACCACACUGACUCGUUCUUUGGCUUCCCAGCUUGGAGCUUCCUUCUACAGGUUGAGUGGAGCCAUGUUAGCCUCUAAAGGGAAAGCUGAGGCAGAGCACAUCCUGGGCUCCCUGUUGCAUUUGGCAGAGGCCCGGCAGCCCUCUGUGGUGCUGCUUAGUCAGGUGGAGGCCCUGGAAGAGGAUGGACUGAGACAGACACUUCUGACCACCCUUGACAAAGUCCAGGUGGGGACGGCAGGUCUGGUGAUUCUUGUAUGUGCCACUGGCAGGCCCGAUCUUCUGCAGGAUGCAGUUCAUCAGAGCUUUGCUAAGCGAUAUCACGUUGGCCUGCCAGAUGCUGGGAUGCGCAGGCAGGUGCUGCUGCAGGCGGUGUUGCCUCAAGGCUGCAGCCUGAGUGAAAGGGAGUUCAGCGCUGUGCUUCAGCGCACUGAGGGCUUCACAGUGUGGGAGCUGUUACAGCUCAGCCAGCAGGCGCUCUCAUCAGCAGCCUCCCCCACGGGAACCAUGCAUGGCCUCUCCACAUCUUCCAAACCCCCGGUUUUCACAGACUUUGAGAAUGCCUUCUGCAAGGUGCGCCCACACACCACCACAAAAGAACUGGACACUUGUAUAGAGUGGAGCAAGAUGUAUAGCCACUGAGAAAGCAGCCAGUCCCUGCACUCGGACUGCACUACAAACCUUUCUUUGCAUUGACAUGGAAAAGCCUUGAUGUUGUUUGUAAUUACAGAAGCCAAAAGAGCCAGAGAAGUUCAAUGAAACAGGAGAGCUGACAAAACUGUUCUCCUGGCAGAAGCAUGCCGUGGUGUACUGUUUUUGUUUUGCUUAACAGUAUUUGCAAUAUUUUAAUUUUCCCAAAGAAAAGAAAGAUGAACAGGCCUUGGUAAGUCAGGUGGUGUAAGAGUCAUUAAAACGGAAGAAACAUAGCUUUUUGGAUGCCCUCAAAGAUCCUGAUUAGCCUCCGUCCAGGACGAAAUCAAUAAUUUGUUAAUAGGUGACGUGGUCCAAGAUUAUGGAUAAUCAGGGUUUUGGAAGAUUCCCCCUUUGAUGCUAUGCUCAGGAUUGUAUUUUUUGCCACUGCAGUCCAUCUUAUUCUGAUUUGGUUUUUGGAUUGUUACUAAUUAUUAUUGUUAUUAUUCAAAAUUAAGGGCCUUGGGAUCAGCAGUAUUUCAGCAAAAUAGUUUUUGACCAAAAACAUGUCAUACCAAAUUUUUAAGCAGUUUUGAUGAAUAUCUCUGAAACCGCCAUGGCUUCAUCAUCAAAUUACAAACCAUAUCCAACGUUUGAAUGAAAAUAAAGAUACCAUUUAUUAAAACACGCGACUGUACUCUGAGAUAUAUUCAGUGAAAACCUUGCAGUAAAACUCACAGCACAGUUUCAUGUAAAAAAAAUUACAUGUACUUUAAUUUAAAUAUGCGCACACUUCAUUUCACAGAUAGCCCACCUUUAAAUAAACAUAUUUACACAUAUAUAUUUAAAACACGCUUGUGGACUUGCAAACCAUAUGCUCACAUUCCUCAUGAAGUAGUUUCCUGGAGAAUCACAGUCAAAGUUUAUCCCGACUGCACACACGGCUCCUCCUGCAGUGUGUCUGCUUUCUGUUUUACUUAAGUCCUUUUGUUGUCUUAGUAUGUAGUCUUGUUUGAAAUGCUCAGGAAGAAAUUUCUUUACCUCAGAAAUAUGAAUUAAAGAAUGUAUGUAAUCUUAGGGUCUUAGUAGGGAGCGUCGCAGAGCGAGGAGGAAACCUGACAGUCACGUUAAAUCCCCACUGCAGAUGGGCUUUUACCUCGGGAGAGAAACUUGAAUAUGCUACAAAGAGUAACAAUGAAUGUAAUUCAGGUAUUUCAAAGGAUAUUUGAUGCCAUAAAAAUCCAUGUAUUAUUAUAUAUGAAUAUAUAAAUGCAUUUUCUUUUCUGUUCUUUUUUUUCCCCUUUUAUUUUUAUCGUAGUUUAUGGUGGAGUGAUGUUUGUCUUUGAGAAUGCUAUGUAGAAUGCAGAAAAUAUUCCUAUUUUGUUGGACAAACUGUUUCACUGCGUUUACAUAUCCUUUUUUUUCUGCAUGUCUGCCGUUUAGGGCUUCAGAAACACGAGGGACAGUUUGAGGAUGUAAAUAGAAUUCACACAAUCAAAGAGGCCAGCUCAUGUUUUAACAUCUCAGUUCAAAAACGUCAGUGUGAAAGACAAACCAGAGGUAAUAUGUGCAUGAGCUCGCUGAAGAGUUUUUGCUUCAGAAUUUACCAGUGAUUUUUGAAGCAACAAAUACGUAAAAUAAAAUCACACUGAAAUAAAUGACAGUAAUUAGGAAAACGACACCAGCCUCACUGCAUAUCAGUAAAAUAACCAGAGUCUGUGUAUCCUCCACAAUUUUAAACUGAACUCAAACAAAGAACAAAUUCUUGCCAUAAAUGUUCAAAGAAAAUUGCAAUUUGCCCUCUCCCUUAACUUUAUCUAAACAUUACAAAUUCUAAUUAUUAUUAGGAUAAUCAUCAUGACAAAUUUUACAGUCGUGCCAAGUAACACAGUUUAUGAUAUUAUCAAUUGAUUUGUCUGAUACACCUGAAUCCGUAACCAUAGCAUAUUUUAUGUCUAAAGGAGAAUAUUGUUCUCUGUGCUGAAGUUCAUGUAUGUAACCCUGUUAAAGGGAGUUGCUAGGAAUAUAACGACUUUCAAAAUGUCCUUGUCAAGCUCUAAUCGAGAUUAAUUUUGUCAGGAUAAGCCAGAAAUAAAUUUGCUCGUUGUGGUUCAGAUCCUCUUGUGGAAAGUUUAGGAAACACUGAUGUAGACAAUCUAGAGUUAGUCGUGGCUCAGCUCUGUUUAAGUAGGCUGGAAAAAUCUGGUCAGCGGACUGCAGGUACAGAGGUCCUUCAUGUUAGACUGUUGCUAUGGUCCUGAGGAGGUACACACAGAAUGAUGUAAUAUUUCCUAUCACCCUCCUCUCCCUCUGUUCCCUCACUCCCUCCCUCCCUCCAUCCUUCAUCUCUUUUCCCCUCUCUCUUUCUCCCCUGUGCGGUCUCAUUAGAUUGGAUUGCCCCCUGGCCACGAACCCCGGUGGCCAUGUGGCGUUGCAUCCUCUCACCCUCCUCCACUCGCCCUCCUUCACCUCUCCCUUCCCGAUUCCUUUGGCGUAAGAAAUGCACUGAUUGAUGUCCAGCAACCUUAUAUCACAGCGCAGCCUUCCCUUUCCAGCUGGUGGCUUCAGUCAUACCAUACAGCCAGAUCAAUCAGAGUCACCCCGACUGUGCAUACUGAUCACUGUCUGAGAAACUGAAAACACAUUUACAGAGUACACAGCAUCCUCAAGCAUUGUGUGGUCAAGAGCUUCUAAACAUUCACAUGUUUUAAUUACAAUAUUUGCCCCACCCACCUACCCCUGAACAGUUUGUCCGACAAAACUAAGAUUUUAUUUUUUACAUGUUGAUCUGUUUUCACAGUCAUUUUGUUCUUGGUUAUUGUACAUUUUCUGUAACCAUUUCUACCUCAUUUUUUGCGGCAUAUUGUACAUGAAAAUAUUUAUUUCAUGUCUUUAUUGAUGUCUGUUUUAAAAAUGAUUAAAAAAAUGUUCUUCAAAUGUAAUGGUCUACCUCAGAAAAGACUGUAUUUUAAGAGAGUAUCACACAAUAUUAAACAGAAUUUGCCAAUA